AUGUCUGAGGAUUUUACUCUAGAUAUCGAUGCUGUGGGCCAUGAUAGCCUUGACGAGAAUACUGAUAAUGAUGAGGAUGUCCUGCAUGCAGCAAACCAUGGGGCGGCCAGAGGUGCAGGCACUAACUUGGACUGGGAACUCAAUGAGGUGCGAAGGGUUAUGGCUACCCCUGCACCGGAUGUGAGCCCUGCUGAGUUGCGCCAGGCACUGGGCCAAUUGAUCGCUCAAGGCCCACUGGAUGCCGCCAUCAUCACCCUAGCAAAGAAGUAUGCUUACUUUUAUCACUUAUGGGUCCCUAGUGGCAUCUUCCCUCUUCAUGCAUGCCCUCCUGACUUUGAUUUACAUGAUCUGAUACAUUAUCAAACUCCUGAGUCCAAGGCCAUUGCUAAUGGUGCCGAACUUUACCUUAUGGUUCCCCCUGAGCUUCAGGGCUCAGACUAUGAAUUCACAUCUAUGGUGAAUGGCAAAUGUGGCAACAUUCUUAAACCUGUCAAGGACUCUGUCAUGCAACUCUUCGCUCAUUUGAGUCCAGGACUGGAUCCUGGUGGCACUCUGAACCAUGAUGAGGCAUAUACACCACUCGCACUGAUCCUUUUUGAAGACCCAUCAGCAAUGAAUGUCUCUGGCCUCUUCAAAAACAAGGCACUCACUCAGGCCCGCUUCCUGCUCUCUGGGGAUGAUGAAUUCUCAUCUACUGGUAGUCAAACUGGAAUUUCAUACGAGAAGGACUUCAAAUUCUAUAUAGAGCUGCUCCGAAAACAAGAGAACAAGAAUGAUGGAUCCCAACAACCACCUCCCAAAGCUGAAGAUUCUGUUGAGGUGCUGAGAAGCUGGGAAGAUGAUAUCUUGGCACAACUUGGAGGUGUCGGCGGGACUGCAGAGGUAAACUCGAACCCUCCCACUGUCCCCAUCACCAGCCAGUCAGCUACACACCCUUCCAUUCUCACCAGCACCAUUCAAGCUGAAGACUUCCCUCCUCCUCAGAUACGUGCUAUUCAGCCAAAUACAAACCUUAGUAUUUCUGUUCUAGAGGCCAGGACUGUCUCUCCUUCACAGUCAGUGAUUGUGUCAGCAACCAGUUCGGAACUCUCCCUUCCCCUCUCCACUCUUUCUCUUGGUGGCUCCCAACCAUCUGUUUCGACCCAUCUGAAUCCUCUCGACCCCCUUGUUGUUGUGCCAGCCUUAGUGAGUGGCCGUUCCUCCAAGGCCACUAAGAAAGGCAAGAAAGCAACCCAAGGACAGGCUAAGGCGAUGGAGGAAGGCAUCGGGGCUGUUCCAGCAAGGGUUACCCACGUUACUAGACAAAAGAAAUAG